UGAGAAAAUUUCCGGAGAACACCUCCGCGUCUCGUCUAUUCCCAUUCUGCCCCUGGCCUCUCCGCCGCUCCGCUCCUCGCCGAAGAAACCCUACGCGCUCGUCGCCACCGUCCUCGCCUCCACCUGCACCCGGGAUGUACGCCGACAGGGUCUCCGGACGGAAGCGCUCCGUCAGGGACCGCCUCGGCUCGGGAGGCGGCGGUGGAGGCUCUCGCCCGCGGUCUGACUCAGCGAAAAGGUUUCGCCAAGUUGAUGGGACUUGGAGGCGUGAGCUCUACAAGGAUUCUGUAGGAACCCAAAGUUCAUCUGUACCUGCUUCCAGAAAUCUUCAAGCAAUCCAAAAAUCACAUAUGAGGCAAAGCACUGUGGAUGUAAAGAAAUCAUCAGUUCCAGAUCUUCGCGAAAAGUUAUCUGGAGGCCAGCGCCCUCAACUCAGUAGUACAGUUCAGAUCCCAAAACCUGUAGCUGAGAUUCCUAAGAGUGCUAAACCUGUUCAAAAGAAACAGACCCCUGCUGCUGCUGCUGUUGCUGUUGCUGCCCGUCCUGUCACUGAACAAGUAAAUGCACCAGCUGCGCCAAAGCAAUCCCAGGAAAAGGCUGAUGCCUCACUUGACAGAUUGCUGAAGUCUCUUGAUCUGGAGAAGUAUUCUAUAAAUUUCCAAGCUGAAGAGGUUGAUAUGAAAGCAUUGGUUCACAUGAAUGAGGAAGACAUGAAGUCACUAGGAAUUCCAAUGGGCCCUCGGAAGAAGAUAUUAUCAGCACUGGCUUCGAAGAGAAAGAAGUCCUCAAGAUCAUUACCGCCUACCAGCUGAAUGCAUCUUAAGCCGUGGUUAGUUAGACGACUUGUCAUCUUGAGGAGUAACUUAAGGCGAGCCAGAUUCCUACCUACCUAGACUAUGUAUAAAUAUAGAACUCCAUGAUCUCGGGGUGGUGUUGUAAUGCAAGAUAACUAACAGUUCAUGGGAGAGCUGCUCCAUCUGUGACCUAGAAUAUUUGGAUGCUAGUUUACCAUGCCUUUUGGGAUUGUUUCCCGUGUACGGCAGAUCCAGUUGUUGCCUAUUACUAUUAGUCUUGACAGUGGAGUCAGGGCGAUGAACAUCGCCAUGUUGUCCAUGCUAA